AGCGAUCGUCGACAGGACGUGGUGCUCUCUUUUUCUCUUUUUCUCUCUCUCUCUCUCUCUCUCUCUCUCUCUCUCUAUCUCUCAUUUAAGUGGCAAGGGAUUUUUCGACGGGAAAUCAUGUGGUGCCACGUAUUGAUCUCAAUCGUCGUGUUGCUGGCGUCUUUGUUCUAUCAUUAUUAUUUCAGCGAGCCAGUCAGUGUUAUCGAUUAUCCUGAGACGUAUUACGACUACGUAGUCGUCGGCGCUGGUACGUCCGGUUGCGUGAUCGCGUCACGGCUCUCGGAAAUGUCGAACGUGACUGUCCUACUCGUGGAAGCCGGCGGACACUUCGGCUGGCUAUCGAGUUUGCCGCUCUUGGCGCCGAUGAUGCAAGGCACCGAGGUCGAUUGGGCCUACAAGACGGAGCCGCAAGUCUUCUCGUCCCGAGGGCUCAACAACUAUAGACAAAACUGGCCGAGGGGGAAAGGACUGGGUGGAAGUGGGCAGCUUAAUUAUCUCGUUCAUUCUUUCGGGAGACCCGAGGACUACAAGCGAUGGCCGAAGGGCUGGUCGCAUGCCGAUUUGCUUCCCUAUUUCCAAAAAGUAUCCGAUAUUAUGAACGUGAUCCCGAUACCGGAAGAGGAGUACUUAGCGAAGGCUUUCGUACUGGCCGAGGAAAGCUUGAAGUUGGACAAUGUAUCCUUGCGGAAAGCGAUGUACACCGCUAAGAAGGGCGCUCGAUGGAGCACAUUCCAUGCGUAUCUGCAGAGGGCUUGGAAUCGUAAAAACUUACACAUCCUGAUGAACACGUUCGUCGCGAAAGUACUUUUCAAGAAUAACAAGGUCAACGGUAUUAAAGUAAUUUAUAAAAAUGGCUCCGUUGGAAGAGUCGAAGUGAGGAAAGAGGUGAUCCUUUGCGCAGGCACCGUCAACACUCCGCAGAUACUCUUGAUUUCCGGCAUUGGGCCUGUCGGGCAGUUGGAAAAGCACAAGAUACCUAUAGUACGAGAUCUCCCAGGGGUAGGCCGGAAUUUGUUUGACCAUCUAAAUGUACCGGUUUACGUGAAUCUGCGAGAGCGCGUCAGUAUCACGCUCGUGAAGCUGCAAACCUUGCCGGAAGUGUUCAAUUAUUUCGCCUUCGGAACCGGAUGGUUGGCCACUAACGGUGUAAUGGGAUUAGGGCGAGCUAAUAACAGUGGUCUCCUUCUCUUCGGAGUGGCUUCCACGGAGGAGAAAUUGCUCAAGAAAAUCUCGAAUUUUGAAACCGAGGCGUACAGGUCGCUGUUUCCAUCGUAUAACGACAGCAUGCACGAGGGCUUCAUCUACCUCGUGUCAUGUCUGCAACCCAAGAGUCGCGGAAACAUUACGCUGCGCUCGACCAACAUUCGCGAUCCGCCGAAAAUCAACCCGGCAUACCUCCAGGACCCCCGUGACGUCACGUGCACCCACCGAGCUAUAACCUUCGCGCUGGAGACUCUCGACACGAAACUCUUUCGCGAGUACGGUGCGGAGGCUCACGUGCCCGACUUGGAAGAGUGUCGUCAUUUGCGGCAGGACUAUCGGGACAUCGAUUACUCGGAGUGCGUCAUGAGGAUCGCCGGUCUCACGAGCCACCACCCGUGCGGCACAUGCCGAAUAGGCGCGCACGACGGCGACGACGACGCGGUUGUGGACGAGGAAUUAAGGGUAAAAGGCGUUAACGGAUUAAGGAUAAUGGACGCCAGCGUAGUGCCAUUUCCAAUAUCCGGCACACCGAAUUCAGUUCUCAUCGCGAUGGCGGAACGUGCGUCAGAUAUCAUCAUAGGCCGCGCGUUUAACUGAGCGCUUUGACCUGCUUGUUACAUGAUACAUGCGCGCGCGCGCGCGCGCGCGCCACACACUGAUUAAAGAACAGCGAGGCAUUCGCAAUUGACGCAUUACUUACUCUCAAUUGCCAAUCCGGGAAUCCAUUGCGCUCCUGAUCGUUGAUUCCGGGCCCUUCAGGAGGAAAAAGGGAGGGGAAAAGUGAAAAAUGUCCGUCGUGCUUCAAGUUUUUUGUAAUUUAUAAUUAAUGGUAAAGUUUCUCAUUGUUUUACAGUAAUCGAACAGUUAUUAAUAGUCUAAUUAAAUUUCGAUUAAUUUUUAUACAAACAAAAAGGGUGAGUUACACUCAACGGCAUAGCCACGAAUCCCUGCCACCCCGUCCGCGCUCGGAGUAUAAAGAAAAAAAAAACUUAUAUAUUUUUUUAUUUUUACAUGCUUUUCGCUCCCCUCAUACUUCCCCACCCUCCCCGCUCUCCCAUCCUCACGGGAGGGAAACUUCCAUACCCCGGUGUUCCCGUCCGGGAUCGUUUGCGAUGGCAGAGUUUCGACGUCCUUCCUAAUCACAUCCCUUGCGCGUCUUGCCUCUCUCUCCUUUUCUUUUUCUUUCUCUCUCUCUUCCUUCGUCUAACAUGAUUUCGCAUUUGUUUCUCUUCGCAUCGAUCAUUCUCGCUUUCU